GCCAAAAGAAAAGAUAUUCCAUUUCGAUUUCCAUUUUCCACUGACAUUAUUACCAUGCGACUGACCAAUGUCCAUCAUCGGUACACUCUACCCCUCUAUCUCUUCUAUCACCACUUCAGUAUCCAUCCUCUUACCAAACCACUUAUCUCUCUGAAACCCCCUAAAUCUUCAUCUAUUAUCAAAGCGCAUUCCAGAACCGAAAUCCGCAAUUCUCCAAUUGCGAUUGUUAAUCCUGCAAUCAAGUCUACUGCUAUGAGAUUCCACAAUCUUGUCCCAGUCAACGCCGUUGCUUUGGAGGACGGCGGUGGCUCAAAUGGUGCAAGUGCUACUCCAGAUCAUUAUGAAGAUUCGUCAUUGAGCGACGGGUAUCACCUUCCUCCACAAGAGAUUAUAGAUAUUGUUGAUGCUCCACCCCUUCCAGCACUAUCAUUCUCUCCACAUAGGNCUAUAUUACAGGACUUUUUGUUAUUAAUGCCUAAAAGGUUAUUUUGUGCAAAUUAUUUCGAUCAUUCUAUGACUCACCUCUUUUGUCCUACUAGGUCGAAUGAUGGUCGGCAUCUAUCCUUUAGUGUACGAAUUGAUGAGGAGGAUGGCAUUAGUAGCAUGCUAAGAGUAUGGGUUGCAGAUGUGGAAACAGGAAAAGCUAGGCCACUAUUUGAGUCGUCAGAUGUGUUCCUAAAUGCAGUUUUUGACAACUUUGUUUGGGUGAACAACUCAACUCUAUUGGUUUGCACCAUUCCUUUUUCUCGCGGAGACCCCCCGAAGAAACCUCUAGUUCCCGCUGGCCCUAAGAUACUAUCUAACGAACAAAAGGACACCAUUCAAGCCAGAACUUAUCAGGAUCUUCUCAAAGAUGAAUAUGAUGAAAGCUUAUUUGAGUACUAUGCCACUUCACAACUGGUUUUGGUAUCCUUGGAUGGGACGGAAAAGCCAGUUGGACCACCAGCUAUAUAUACAUCUUUGGAUCCUUCUCCAGAUGAGAAAUACAUUUUGAUUACUUCGAUUCACAGACCUUAUUCAUUUAUUGUACCAUGUGGAAGAUUUCCAAAAAAAGUUGAUGUUUGGACAGCUGAUGGGAAAUUUGUUAGAGAACUUUGUGAUUUGCCCCUUGCUGAGGACAUCCCUAUUACACACAAUAGUGUUCGUAGAGGGAUGCGCUCAAUUGAUUGGAGAGCUGAUAAGCCUUCUACACUUGUCUGGGUUGAGACACAAGAUGACGGUGAUGCCAAAGUAGAAGUCUCUCCACGUGAUAUAGUUUAUACACAGCCUGCCGAGUUGCUUGCUAGUGAACAACCAGCAGUUCUGCAUAAGCUUGAUUUGCGCUAUGGAGGGAUCUCUUGGUGUGAUGAUUCGCUGGCAUUAAUUUAUGAAUCUUGGUAUAAAACACGGAAAAUAAGAACAUGGGUUAUUUCGCCUGGAUCGAAGAAUGUGAAUCCACGCAUACUAUUUGAUCGGUCUUCUGAGGAUGUUUAUUCUGAUCCCGGCUCUCCUAUGCUGCGAAGAACUCCUGCUGGUACUUAUGUGAUUGCAAUGAUGAGGAAGGAAGGUGAUCAAGGAACCUACUUGCUGUUGAACGGAAGUGGUGCUACUCCACAAGGAAAUAUCCCCUUUUUGGAUUUAUUUGACAUAAAUACAGGCAAUAAAGAACGUAUAUGGGAGAGUGACAAGGAGAAGUAUUAUGAGACUGUUGUUGCUCUGAUGUCUGAUCAGACUGAAGGGGAAUUAUAUGUUGAUCAGUUAAAAGUACUGACUUCAAAAGAAUCUAAAACUGAAAACACCCAGUAUUUCAUACUGAGUUGGCCAGGAAAGAAAGCAUGCCAGAUUACGAAUUUCCCUCAUCCUUACCCUCAGUUGUCUUCCUUGAAGAAAGAAAUGAUCAGGUACGAGAGGAAGGAUGGGGUACAACUUACUGCUACCCUAUAUCUUCCACCGGAUUAUGACCCUGCUAGAGAUGGACCCCUUCCAUGUCUAGUGUGGUCUUACCCUGGAGAGUUCAAAAGCAAAGAUGCAGCUGGACAAGUCCGUGGUUCCCCAAAUGAGUUUGCUGGCAUUGGUCCGACAUCUCCUCUUCUUUGGCUAGCAAGAAGGUUUGCCAUUUUAUCUGGACCAACUAUACCAAUCAUUGGUGAGGGUAAUGAAGAGGCAAAUGAUAGGUAUGUGGAGCAACUAGUUGGAAGUGCAGAGGCUGCAGUGGAGGAAGUCAUCGGUCGGGGAGUGGCUCAUCGAAGCAAAAUUGCCAUAGGCGGUCAUUCCUAUGGGGCUUUCAUGACUGCUAACCUUCUAGCUCAUGCACCUCAUCUGUUCUGCUGCGGAAUUGCGCGCUCUGGAGCAUAUAACAGAACGCUUACACCUUUUGGGUUUCAGAAUGAGGAUAGGACACUUUGGGAGGCUACUUCGACCUAUGUUGAGAUGAGCCCUUUCAUGUCAGCUAAUAAAAUUAAGAAGCCUAUCUUGCUUAUCCAUGGAGAAGAAGACAACAAUUCUGGAACCUUGACAAUGCAGUCCGAUCGCUUCUUUAAUGCUUUGAAAGGUCAUGGUGCACUUUGUCGCCUGGUUAUUCUUCCCUUUGAGAGUCAUGGUUAUGCGGCACGAGAGAGUGUCUUGCAUGUUCUCUGGGAGACUGACAGGUGGCUACAGAAAUACUGUGUACCAAAUUCAUCAGAUGCAAGUGAAAAUUUGGAUGCACAUAAAGAUGAUGCGAGUAUAGGCACAGUAGAUGCAGAUAGCAAAGCUGUCAGUGCAGCUGGGGGAGUUCCAGAAUGGGCAGAUGACAAAAUUGAUAUAUUUCCCUCUCCCUGUAGGUCUUCAUUGUGCGUUUAGUAAAGUAGAAAAGUCUCAAGUGACCUGAUGCUGUUGCAUGUCUCAACCGAUAUCCUCUUGUACUUUCUUCGAACCUGAUAAAAGGUAUUUGGCUUAUUGAGGAUGCAACGAAGUUUAUGCCAAAAAAUUGCAAUUCUUAAAAGCCAUUUUUUUUUGCCAUCUUUUGAUGUCGAAAUUACUUUUUCAAUAUUUGCAAUGCUCUACAAGUAUUUGUAGAACGGUACAUUUGAUGUGCACGAAAUAGUCGCAUACUAUUUCAUACGUAUCUUCUCUACCAUUUUAUGAAGUAUAUGAACAAGUAUUUAGAAUGAAA